AAAUAUUUUACCUUUCCAAAACAAUCUGAAAUUGCUGAACAGUGGCGUAAAGCGUGCGGAAAAGAUAAUGUAAAUGUUCAAAAUGGUAAGAUAUGUUCUAAACAUUUUGAAGAUGCGUGCUUUGUAAAGCCUUUACAACAACAAAUGUUGAACUAUUCUCCUGCUAGAGCGAAAAAGUUACGUUCGGAUGCUAUUCCUACUUUGUAUCUUCCUUUAACAAUGAUUGCUUCUGUACCCGAAGAGGUGCUCGGUUCGUCAUGUGAUAUCAAUGCUUCAACCACCGCAGAAGCCUUUCAUACAGCAGUGCCUCUGCCAGUAUCGGUCGCAGACACAUGCUAUCAAGAAGUGUCUCCACAGAUGUUUAGCGAUGCUUCAUUGGCUGCUGAAACAUUUCCUUCUGGAGUAGUGCCUUUGCCAGUAUCCGGUGAUGCUUCACUUGAUACAGAUGUAGUCCAUAGAGCUCUGCCUUCUAAUAUGCAAGAUAUUCUACUCGAGAAUGCUGCAUUAAAAAAGAAAUUGUACAAUCUUGAGCAAAGAAUAGAAACAGAAGAUCAACGCUUUGAUCGCAGAAUGCAUGACCUACUGAAGACAAUUUUUACUCCAGGACAAAUCAGGCUUUUAUUGAAUCCAAAGUUGAAAUUUACUAAUAAAAAAUCAUAUUAUUAA